CGCAUUCUCAAUUCCUCCGAUCACUAUCCUCUCUCUCUCUAGAAAUCACGUAUCAAUGGCGGGCAUCUCUUCUUUGUCAUCUCCAGUGAACACUCCGGCACAUGCUAAGGAACUUGAAUUGAUCGAAGAAACCACCAAAAAUGCUUACGAACUACAAAACUACGCAUUAGCACAAAUUCUCACCCAAAAUGCGCACACUGAAUAUCUCAAGAACUUCAAUCUCGACGGAGCUACCGAUCGGAAAUCAUUCCUAUCCAAAGUUCCGAUGGUUACCUACGACGAUCUUCAGCCGAUGAUUCAAAGACUAGUCGACGGCGACCGCACUCCAAUUUUAUGUGCUCUCCCCAUUUCCGAGUUCUUGAGCAGCUCAGGAACUUCUUCCGGUGAUCCAAAACUCUUUCCAAAUCACGAAGAAGAAACGAAUCGCCGUCUGCUUUUAUGCAGUCUUAUUAGACCUAUUUUGAAUAAGUUCGUGAAGGGAUGGGAGCAAGGCAAAGGGCUAUACUUCAUGUUCGUAAAGCCCGAGGCCCGGACUCGGGGCGGGCACCCGAUCCAACCUGGAUCCACGGGCAUGGUGAGAAAGAGAGACGCAGAGUCCCGACCCCACGACCCGUAUUAUGAUUUCACCAGCCCAACGGAGGCCAUGUUUUGUACGGACCCCUUCCAAAGCAUGUACACUCAAAUGCUUUGCGCAUUAUACGAGCGCCAACAAGUGGGCCGGGUCGGGGCACAGUUCGCCCUGGGCCUGCUCCGGGCGAUCAGGUUCCUCCAACUCAAUUGGCAACAACUAACCCGUGAUAUCCGAACAGGGUCGCUCAGCCCGAAUGUGACCGACCCAUCGAUCCGGGAAUGCAUGACCCGGGUCUUACGGCCCAACCCGGCUCUGGCGGGCUUUAUCGCGCAGGAGUGUGUCAAGGGUAGCUGGGAGGGAAUUAUAAUUCGAAUUUGGCCCAACACAAAAUAUAUCGAUGUGAUUAUCACCGGCUCUACCGCGCAAUAUAUUCCAACUCUGGAUUACUACAGCGGCGGAUUGCCCAAAAUCAGCUGGAUCUACGGCUCGCCGGAAUGCUUUCCGGCAAUCAAUCUCAAUCCCAUAUGCAAUCCAUCCGAAAUUUCCUACACGAUCAUGCCAAACAUGGCCUAUCUCGAGUUCCUGCCGUAUCUCCCUAACUCAGACCCGGUCGAUCUAGCGGACGUCAAAAUCGGGCAGGAAUACGAACUCGUGGUCACCACGUACGCCGGUCUAUACCGCUACCGAACCGGCGACAUCAUCCGAGUCACCGGCUUCCACAACUCGGCGCCGCAAUUCCGAUUCGUCAAACGAAGAAACGCGGUGCUGAGCGUCGGCGCGGACGAGACCGACGAAGUGGAGCUUCAGGCAGCGAGCGAGAAGGCGUCGAGAUUCCUGGAGGAGUUCGGUGCGAGCGUGCUGGAUUACACGAGUUAUGCGGAGGCGGGUCACUACGUGGUGUAUGUGGAGCUGCUGGUGAAGAAGUCGGGAGAGUCGCCGAGCGACGAGGUGAUGGAGAAGUGCUGUGUGGUGAUGGAGGAGUCGUUGAUGAUGAACUGGGUGUAUCGGAGGUGUCGGGUUGAGGAGAAAUCGAUUGGGGCGUUGGAGAUCCGAGUAGUGAAAAGUGGGGCGUUUGAGGAAAUGGUGGACUACGCUGUUUCCAGAGGGGCUUCGGUUAAUCUCUAUAAAGUGCCCAGAUGCCUCACCGUUAAACCUAUUUUGGAGAUUCUUCAAUCGCGACUUCUAUCCACACAUUUUACUCCAUCUAUACCACAAUCGAUCCCAACUCCCACCAAACUAUGAAUUUUUCACAUAUUCUGUAAUUUCAUUACCGUUUUUAAAUCUUUGUAAUAAUGUCAUUAUCUUUCAUUUUAUUAACACCUAUAAAUGUUUUCGUUUAA